CUUACUACUUCUCUUAAAGCAUGAGCGAUCGCGGGUAAAACCGGGUGUGUCACAACCACGGAGUCCCCUAUUGAGUCGCUGGUUAAAUUCCUUCCAUCGUGGUCGACGACUUUGCGACGACUGUGUCUAAUACGACCCACGGCGCAACACCAUGGAAAACUCCGACUCUUCCAGUAACCACGAAUUCUUCGCCCUCGCAUCCGAUGCAGUCGUCGAAAACGGUUGGAUAUGGUCGGACGAGGACAAGGCCCAAUGGCAGCCAGGACCUUCCUCGGUACAAGAGUUCUACGCAAAGUGGCGUGGCGCUACUCUUCCCGACCAUACUUCGCUUCCCUACGAGAUAGAAGUCGGGUUACACGAAGACGGCACACCCCUCCUCCCAUUCCAUGCACACGACACGGCGGAAACUCGAAUUUUGAUCACGAAGACGUACGAAGAUAUAUUCCACCGCUUGUUGGACCUUCGUCGAGUGGGCAAGAGUUCCAGGGGCGCCGUGAUCACUGGCCAGCCGGGCACUGGAAAAUCCACUUUCCUCAAAUACAUGCUCAUACGACUCCUCUCAACCAGUCAAGUGGUACUCCUAUGCAACACCACCAUCAUCCAUCUCUUCUUCGACGGUCACGUCUACUCUCGCCCUGCCUCAUACGGCUUCCACUACCUCCCUAAACUUCCAGGGUUCGAUAAUCUGGCCCCUUGGGCAUUAAUCGACGUGGACUUUCAAGAUGUCGGGGCACCGUUGGAUAAUGAUUCAGAUGUCUGGCCGAUUCAGGUUUCCGAUCCGAAUCCGAUACGAUGGAAAUCCUGGCUCGAGCGUUUUGGUGGUGUCGAGUGGGGAAUGCCUCUGUGGAACUUCGAGGACCUUCUCCAUGGUCUUCGUCUGCAAGUUGGCUACGCUGAAUAUCGCAACAGUCUGUCCGAGGCUCUCUCUGCGAAAUCAACACACCGGCCCGAUUCUCAAGACGUCGCGAUCGCGGAUGCCCUCGAAGUCCUCAAGAGAGAGAAGGAUUUGAAUCUCGACGACAUGCGCGAUGACGUGGACACCGACACGGUCGUCGAAUCAACCGAGAAGGACGAGGUGGACGACGCACUUGAGGUCCUAGUGGGCAAUGCCACCGAAGAGGUCGGUUUUGCCCCCCGCGAUGUCUACGGUUUAAUCUUCGCGUCCAGACGGAUGAAGAACGACCGCGUCAGGGCGCUCAAAACAUUCGACUACAGCGCCUUGGAAUCACUCAGCAAGACAUUCCAGAACACGCGGGCUUUGACUUAUGGGCAGUCACUCGUCGUCGCGGUGUCGCCGUACCAGAGAGGGUUAUUUGAUGAUGACGGUUGGAAGAUGGACUUCAAGUCUAUUAGGAUUGCGAAGGAGGCGGUGCUUAAGUUGAUGGAGAAGGACGAUCAGCAGCUUUUGGGGAUGUAUAGGUCUUUGUGUCACUCUGAGGAUACUUAG